GCAAACACCAGCGCAUCUUCGUGACGACCCCGCGGCUCAAGCCCGGCGUGCCCGCCACGCUGUCCGAGCUGUCCAUCGAGGAGAGCAGCGUGGCGCCCAAGCUGCGGCCCUUCCCGAGCUGGGCCUGGAACGAGCAGGGCGACUGUGACAACCUCAUCUCCGUGUUCAGAACCACGACCGACCAGUGCGGUCGCCUGUGGGUGCUGGACUCGGGCACGGUCAACGUGUUCGCGGGCGCCGAGCGCGUGUGCCCGCCCAAGCUGGUCGUGUUCGACCUCCGCAGCGGCGGCCGGGAGGGCCCCGAGGUGGUGGCCAAGUACACGUUCCCCGCGGCGCAGCGCGAGCCCACGACCCUCACCAUCAACGUGGUCGUUGACGUCCGCGGGAGCGACCCCGUCAGCUGUAGGGAUGCCUUCGCCUACGUGGCCGAUGUCACCGAGCCCGCCCUCCUCGUCUACGACCUGCGAAGGAACAGGUCCUGGCGCGUGCUGAGCAACCUGCUGUACCCGUACCCGCUGCACGGCAGCUUCAACAUCAACGGCGCCGAGUUCGACCUGAUGGACGGCGUGUUCGGCAUGGCGGUGGGCCCGCUCAGCAACGGCGACCGGCGCCUGUACUUCCACAGCCUGGCGAGCGUCCGCGAGUCCUGGGUGUCGACCCGCGUGCUGCGCAACCAGACCGAGUACGGCGACGAGCCCAGCCCUGACCUCUCCAAGCAGUUCCAUGUAUCGGAGCCGCGUCGCACUUCGCAGGCCGCAGCCGAGGCCAUCGACACCAACGGCGUGCUGUUCUUCAGCCUCCUGUCCGAGAACGCCCUGGCCUGCUGGAACACGCGGCUGCCCUACUCGCAUCAGAACAUCCACGUCGUGGCCAAGGACGACAAGACCAUGCAGUUCGGCAGCGGGAUGAAGGUCGUGGGAAGGCACGUGUGGAUGCUGAGCUCGCGCUUCCAGAACGUGAUGGUGGACCGCGUGCGCCCCGAGGAGGUCAACUACCGCGUGCUGGUGGCGCCCAUCGCCGACCUGGUCCAGGGGACGUCGUGCCACGUGCCCGGCGCGGACAACGUGGUGGACGUGGACACGGGGCUGCCCCUGUUCAGGCCACAGCCCCCCUCCGGGUUCGGCAGCGGCCUCUCGAGCUUUGGCUCCUCCAUCGCCUACGGCUCGACGCCGCCCUCCUACGGCGCGCACCCGCCCACCGGCGUCCACGGCGGGCUCCACGGCCACCCCAGUGGCGCCGGCGGCGCCUUUGGGUUUUCCCACCUCACACCGCACCCGAGGCCGGGCGUCCACGGGCACGUCCACGGCCUCGGCGGCAGCACCCAGCAGCCGUCCUCGUACCACCAGCAGCACCACGGCUCUGCGUCCGGCUCGGGGCCCUCUGCCUCCGGACACUCCGGGCCGUCAGCCUCCGGCCACUCCGGCCACUCCGGCUUCUCGGCCACCGGCUCUGGGGACUCUAUCGUGUUCCGGGACCCGGUGGACGGUUUCUAGACGGCGUCCACGACCCAGCGGUCACCCUUGGCGCGUCGACGUCCAGGUGCGGGCCGUUUGCGAGCCCGACCCCGACCUGGACUGGGAGACCAGGCACGUCGAGGAGAUGAACGCCGUCAUCAGCCUGUGGAGGGGGCGGCGAGGGCCUUGGGCAGAGUGGGGUCCGAGUGCUGAGGAGUACGAUGAGGAUGACGUGGUGGAGGAUGAGGACAACGACGAAGGUCCUUGAAAACAGUGCUGUGAUUUUUUAAAUCGUGACAGUCCCCUGCCACUGCUAGCCGGCGAUGGAGAGGGGAGGUCUAUUUAAAUUAGUCGCGUUACAAUCAAGUACAAACUGAGUUGAAAGCGAAACGACAGCGUGUAGUAUAAAAAUUACUAUAACUAUUGCUACGCUAGAUUACUAAUUAAUUUUAUUAUUUAUUACUAGUU